AUGGCGGAGGGAUGGGAGGUGGCCAGACAAUGGACACCGGCGGGGUCGGGGGGACAAGGAGGCUGGGAGAGGACAGUCCCUGCCCUGGAAGUCCGUCCUUCGCAGGGCUUCAGGGUCCUCAUCUGUACCUGGAGCAGGCAGGUCCGGGGGUCUCUGACGGGCUGCCCAUUCUGGCAGCCUGGGGCUCUGGUCCAGAGAGCCUGGGCCCUGGGUGGACCUGGGUGGGGAGGCAGGGUGAGCUGGGUCAGAGGUCAAUCCAGGCCACCCCCUUCUCCUCAGCCAGAGAACAUCCUGUGCGUCAACACCACGGGCCAUUUGGUGAAGAUCAUUGACUUUGGCCUGGCACGGAGGUAUAAUCCCAAUGAGAAGCUGAAGGUGAAUUUUGGGACCCCAGAGUUUCUGUCACCUGAGGUGGUGAAUUAUGACCAAAUCUCCGAUAAGACAGACAUGUGGAGUAUGGGGGUCAUCACCUAUAUGCUGCUGAGCGGCCUCUCGCCCUUCCUGGGAGACGAUGACACAGAGACCCUGAACAACGUCCUCUGUGCCGACUGGAGCUUUGACGGCGACACCUUUGAGGCUGUGUCCGACGAGGCCAAAGACUUCGUCUCCAGCCUCCUUGUCAAGGACCAGACGGCCCGGAUGAGCGCUGCCCAGUGUCUUGCCCACCCCUGGCUCAACAACCUGGCAGAGAAAGCCAAGCGCUGUAACCGACGCCUUAAGUCCCAGAUCUUGCUUAAGAAAUACCUCAUGAAGAGGCGCUGGAAGAAAAACUUCAUUGCUGUCAGUGCUGCAAACCGCUUCAAGAAGAUCAGCAGCUCGGGGGCACUCAUGGCUCUGGGGGUCUGAGCCCCAGGAGCGGCUGAGGCCUGGACGCAGCCGCACGGUGGCCGGGGCUGAGGCCACACAGCCCAGAAGGCCAGAGCAGACAGGCCAGAUCCCCAGGGUGGGCUGGCUAGGACAAGGCUGCGCCAGGCUGGGAGGCUCGGGGCUCCCCACGACCCCACGCAGUGACUGCUUCCCCGACGUGAGCCGCCUCAGAUGUGGCCUGAAUCGAUCCUGCUAAUGCCUCCCCAGACAGGGCCCCGGCCCCGUCAGCCACAGCCCAGAUGCCACAGGCCCUGUUGUUCCCUCCCUGGCUCCCCCUCUUGGAAUUGCUGCCCUGGUGACCCCUGCUUGGCCUCACCUGGGGCAUCCCUGGCUUGGGCUUGCUCCUAGCUGGAACGGGAAGGCUGGGGGUCCCAGCAUGCGGGGCUUCUGCAGUUGUGGAUGGGAGGCCCUUGGUGGGGCAGGAAGGUAGCAAGGCCAAUUCCUGAGGCCCAGCUGCCAGGGGAGACAGAGCAGGCUUUGUGAAAGAGGACCUCCAUGCCCCCACCCUCCUCCCCACUCCCAACAGAUAAGGCCGAGUACACACCAUCUGGCCCGGCCCGGCCCCCGCCCACCUUCCUGACGACCACCAACACACAGGAACUCUGUGUGAGAGAAAGACGCCCAGCCCAGGCCUGGCAGAGGGGGAGGGGAGAGGCCUGGGGGACAGGGAGACCACCCCUGAGCUUGCCUGAGGGCCAGGCGGGCCCAGCCCAGCCACUCGGGGCCCUCACCCCCAGGGUCACCCAUGGCUUCGGAUGAUGGGGUCAGCAGGCCCAGGAGGAGUGGGAAAGCCAUCGGGCAGUCCCCCACCUGCUCUCAGCUUGUGCCUUGUAAAUAAAUGUACAGGUUGGAUGUGG